AUCAAACCAACUACUAAAGAUGGCGGCAUGUUGUCGGUGAUGUGCAUUGUCGAGCAUGACAUUUUAAAGGAGGACAAAAUUAUCAACAGCUCAGGAACAAAAAUAUCGUCAGCUCAGACACAUCCACACUCACUGAACAUCUGAGGCACUUCCAUCGGCAAAAUUAUUUCCCAAUUUUCGACCUCCCCAAAUCAAGAUCAUCUCUCUCAAGUAAACAAAUUUUGCUGUCUUUAGCCCCUCGAUUUUAUAAAUUAGAAAACAAAGAAAAACGAAAAUGGCAAGCCCUCAGUGGAAGAAUUUCCAGCCGUCAGCUCAAGAUUCUGCAACGCCCAAUUGCCAGCGUUCUCCAUCUUUCACCAAAACAUCGAAUGAUGACUGCCUACAUGACAGUAAUAGCUCCAGCCCUAGUGGCGUAGCACCCAGAGAAACUGGAAUUGUUGAAAAAUUACUUCAUUCCUAUGGUUUCAUUCAGUGUUGUGAACGGCAAGCAAGACUUUUUUUUCACUACAGUCAAUAUUCUGGAAACAUUGAACAUUUAAAGCUUGGUGAUGCAGUUGAAUUUGAAAUGACUUACGAUCGCCGUACAGGCAAACCCAUUGCUAGUGCCGUGUGCAAAAUUACAUCUGAAGUCGGGGAGGUAUUGUGUGAGGAAAGAGUAUCAGGCUUCAUCACUACAGAAAUCAAAGAUAAUACUGAAGGCAGAGUUGCGUAUGAAAGCCGUGGUGAAUGUUUCUUUUUGCCUUACUCAAUGGAGGAUAUUGAUGGAACAUUUGAACUUCAUCCACAUGAUAAAGUGACAUUUCAAAUCGCAACUGAUAAAAAUACUGGCAACCUGAGAGCCUGCACCAUAAGAUUAGAAAAACCUCUACCGACUCGGUUCCAGGGAGUUAUAUGUGCUCUGAAAGAAACUUUUGGCUUUAUUGAGAGAGCAGAUGUUGUUAAAGAGAUCUUCUUCCAUUCAAGUGAAUGCAAAAAUUUCCGUAACUUAGCUUUGGGAGAUGAUGUUGAGUUCAGUGUUCAGACAAGAAAUAAUAAAGAAGUUGCUGUGAAUGUUGUUACUUUACCACUGGGUACUGUGGUAUUUGAAGAUGUGAAUUCUGAAGUUAUUGUUGGAGAAAUAACCGAAGCACUUGAAAAAGGAAGAUCUAGAUCUAAUGAUGCAUUUCCUGGAAAAAUUCAGUGUCAGAUUAAUGAAGAAGUUGUUUAUUAUCCAUUUGGAGAGCGGGAUCCGAAAGCCGAGUAUACUUUACAAGUUGGUGACUGGGUGCAAUUUAAUGUAGCCACAGAUCGACGAGACAAUCUUCAGCGUGCUACAAAUAUUGAACUUUUGAUCAAUGCUUUGACUUUUUCCAAGGAAAAAAGAGAACAGGGAUUUGUUACAGCUGUAAAAGAAACAUUUGGCUUCAUAACAUAUGGUCAAAGAGAUAUUCGUUUGUAUUUUCGUUUAUCAGAACUUUUGAAUCCUGACGAAUCGGUCAAACCAAAUGAUGAAGUGGAGUUUACUGUUUCUCAGGAUCCAGCCUCUCCCGGUCGAAGCCAUGCAAUUCGAAUACGAAUGCUGCCCCCCGGCACAAUUACUUAUUCACCUGCAGCCGUCAAUGGCUCAAACAAAUUGGAUGAUGAUGUUCUCGAUGAUUUUAGUUUUAUCGGCGUCGUCGAGAGAGAACCUUCUUCACGAUGGAACAUGGACAGUCCUCACAAAGACAAAAAAUCAUCCCAAGAAAAUAGUGGCAACAACAGUGAUGAAGGUAUAAUUUCAUUCAACAGAAAUGGUGUGAAGGAGAAGGCAUUUUAUUCAAUUCAAGACUGUGAGCUUCGUUCCACACCUAGGACUGGUGAUAAGGUGGAGUUUAUAAUUAACCAAAAAGAAGAAAAAGUGUAUGCUUCACACAUAAAAGUUUUAACCAAAAUUCGUAAUGGCUUUCGUUACUCACAUCGAGGAUUUAUUGCUGCUUUAAAAGACACAUUUGGUUUUAUUGAAACUGAAGAACAUGAAAAAGAAGUUUUUUUUCAUUACAGUGUUUUUGAUGGAAAUGCAUCAUCGUUAGAAGUAGGUCAAGAAGUUGAGUAUGGAUUGACUCACAAAGGAAGCAAAUUAAGUGCAGAAUGUGUUCGUAAGUUGUCCUCUGGAACUAUACCAAAAGAAGAUGUGCUCCCUGAAGUUUUGAAUGGAGUGGUUUUAAAUCCAGUACGCUGUUUUAAUCCUGACCAAGAAUUUUAUCCUGGAAAAAUUCGUAUGGCUCCGCAUGCUGAAAAUAUGGAUGAGAAUUUAACAGAGUAUGAAUUUGGCAUCACAAGUCUUUCAGACAAGCAUGAAUUUCUUCAAAAAGGUGAUGUUGUUCAGUUCCAGAUUGGAAUAACAAGAAAGGGUAAAGAGCGGGCUAUGAACAUUAAAGCAAUUAGAGCUCGAAUUCAGGCUACUGUUGAUACAAUAAAAGGUAAUUUUGGCUUUUUAUCAUAUGAAGCAGAAGAAGGAAAAAAACUGUUCUUUCAUAUGUCUGAAGUAAAAAAUGAAGCUAUUAUCCAGCCAGGAGACAAAGUAGAAUUUGUCGUUGUUCAUCAUCAGAAAACUGGCAAAUAUUCUGCAUGUAGUGUGGUGAAAAUUGGAGAGAGCCAGCCACUACAAAGACCGGAGCGCUUGAACCGCUUGCGUACUAUGUCCACAGAAGGUGGAGGACCAAAGCUGAUCACGAUUCGGCCACCAAAAGGCCCAGACGGAACAAACGGAUUCAAAUUCACUCGCAUUUCAAACAUCACCGAAGCUGAAGAGACAUCUCUCGAGAAGACGACGCAAGAUCUUUCCAUCAAGGAUGUCGCCGGUGGAAACUGCCUCAUAGGGUCGAUGAACAACGAAUUGAAUGUCAACAAUAUGGAGUCAAAGUCUAUUGUCUGUUCACAAGGAUAGUUACCACGACCUCGGAACCCGAAUUUUCUCUUUUUUCGAUCGCAGUUUAUGGUUAGAAACAAAACUUAAAAAACACUUCCAUUAGAAAAUCAUUAAUAUUUGUAUUCAUUUUUUCAAUUUAGACUUUUUUUUACUUACUUUUGUAUUUCAAAGAAAUUUUUAUUAGCAUAUUCUAUUUUAAAAAGGAAAUUACAAUAAUAUAUUUUAAAAGCUCUUAGAAAAGUUAAAACAUUACUAUUCUGUCAUUCGAUACAUUUUCAGAGUUAGGUUUACUAAAGUUAAUUUCACUGAAAUUCACCCAGUUUAACAACAAAUAUUGCUGUAACCCCUAUUUUGACCAACAAGGGCAAGUUCUAACUUAAUUGAAAGUGGAGAUAGCAAACAUUACUAAGCAUUGCAGGAACCAGCACACUUGAGCUUGACACAUGUUUAAAAGCUUCUUGUACAAUUGUAUUUCGACGUACCAUACCGAAACCAAAUUAUACGGAAAUUUCCUAAGUAAGUCUAGGAAGUAUCUCUGACAAUGGAAUGCCUUAAUCUUUCAAAUGAGAAUUUAUUGUAAAACUUAUUUAUUUAGAUGCUGAUUUUAUUCUAGAUGUUACCGUUUGUUGUCAGGUAUUUCUUCCUUAUUAGAAGAAAAAGUUUUAAAUAGACCUAAGAAGCCUUUGAACAUGUGCCUUUUACAACAUGAAACAUUCUGAAACAUUUUGGAUAUUUGUACUGAGAAAUUUUUGCAGAGAAAUAAAAGAUAUAAGUGCUGGAA